UCAAAAAUCAGGCAGUUCGAAGCCGGCUUGAGUGCGGUUGUUGAACUUUCCGACAAUACCCAUUUCUUUCAACGUACUGACGAGUGCAUCUUCGAAGUUGUCGAGCAGUUCCAAAUAAUUCCGAUCCGGUGUGGCUGCAAGGAACUGUUGGAUACAGUUUUGAAUCAAUUUCGCGGCGGCUUCAUUCGGGAGAUCUUUGUCCUGCAGACGACAUAAUUUACCGAACUCCAUCAUAUCACUGAAGAAUAUUGAGCGAAUAGCCAGAUAUCGUGCACGGGGCACCACAACACCACUCAACCUCGUUUUACCAUAAUUUGAUAACCAGUCACAAAGCUGCCGCAUUUCGUUCACAAAAGCUUCUCGAGCCCCUUGUGGCAGAACUUCGUGGAACAGCUCAAACAGAUUUUUAAGUGAUUUCUUCAAAGGCAUAGCAUUGACCAAAAGCUGCAUCAGUCGUGAUACCAGAACAAGGCACCUCGAAUAGUCUCUCCAAAAAUCGCACAACUCCAAUUUAACCAAACGUUCUUUUGAGAUCGAUCGAUGAGCAUCAGUUAGCAAAUUUCUCACGUCGACAUACAGAUCUCUGUGAGAUACUCUUCGAUUUGAUAGGAUUUUAAAUAUUUCCUUUUGCUCAGCAAUAAGACGGUUCAUACAUUUGCUCAUCGCACCUAUGACCGUGUUGCGAGGGAUAUCGCCUUGUACUUGGAUUUUCUGAUUAUAACAUUCCAGAUUCUUCUUUUUGAUUAGUUUUGCGUAUCGCUGGAUUCGAAUUAUCGGCUGAUGACAUGAAGGGUGGGGGCAAAGCAGCGCUUUGGACUGGUCUUGGGCGAUUUUCAUAUGCUUGUCGAGGACCUCAACAAGGAAUAUAUGGCGACAUCGCUCGACCUCUAUAAUUCUUCGGAUUUUUGUCAUCGUCGCCUUGGCACCCAGAGACUCCUCUACCAUGUUAACAUAAGCCUGUUUGUUGCAAGUACCACAGAGACGUGGACAAUCUUCUCCACACAUUCCUAGGCAGCCAUGGCCGCAUGGUAAUCGCAAAGUGCAUGGUUGCUCGCAAGGUCGCACAUCACACACUUCAUAGCACUUAUUGCCACAGCUACGAUGCUGGCAGCUAUUGUCGCACAGCUUUGGACAAAGAACACAUAGUUGUGAGCAAUUACGACAAUACUUCAGUGUCUGGCUGCGAUCACUUUUUCCGCACUCCUGAUGCUUACAACUUGUGAGACAGGGCGAGGUACAAGGCUCACAAGGUUCACCACAUCUCUUCGUGCACUGAUGACCACAAAUUAGCUGCUUCGAACAAAUUGUCCCACAUAUGCAUUCUCCUGCAUCGAAGCAUUCACCACAUCUACGUACGCAUUUGUGUCCACAGGGGAGUUCUUUACCACAAGUGGCGGGACAGAAGCUGGGGUUCGUACCAGAAUGACAUGGCAUCAUUACGGAAUGACCACAAAGUUCCAAAUCUUGUAAGACUUUCUCUUCACAUUUUUCCGUUUUCUCACUCAAUUGGCAAGGAACGUGGGCAAUGUGUCCACAAUCCAGACGACGUCGCACUAGCUUGUUACAUUCGGUCGUACAUGGCUGACCACAUCGUUCCUCACAAUCAUGGCCACAUGACAGGAUUUUUGGGCAACGCAUAGGACAAUCAUCAGAAGUUUUCCUCUCGCAACAUACCACCUUCCAAGAAUGAUUGCAGAUGUUGUUCGAGAGGGUUACCGGCUCGAAACAGUCCAUAUUGCAAGGCUUACCACAAGUGGAGGGGCACUGAUGUCCACAGCUUAGCACCUUAGUACAUCUGAAGCGUAACGUUCGUGA